UCUUCUACCCCGUCAAAACCGUCGAGACGAUCAGUGGACGACGACCACAUCGCAGACCACCUCGGCGGCCGGGCGGGUGCAAGUGCAAGUGCAAUGAUGGCCAGCAAAGAGGACGGAACAGACCGAGACGACGUCGCCGCCGAUGAGACCGAGGCGGAGUCGGCGUCGCCGGUCUUUGACCUGGACCCCACCGUGUCCGGCGACCGGCGGCAGACGCGGGUGCUGCCGGAAGGAAGCGAGGAGAAGGUGAACGUGGACGUGGUGGAGGUGCAGCUGGAGGUGACGUCCGCCGGGGAAGCUGGUAGCGGUGACGGUGGCCUGGUGCAGUCCAAGGAGGCGUUGGUGGCGCUCGGGCCGGCGGCUAGGCUCCGGCGACUUCUUCUUCGUCGCAAGCUGCGGAAGUCGAAGGCGGCGGCGGGUCGUAAUCCCUCCGAUGGCGGUGGCGUGGCGUUGCCAGAGGCACAGAGCAGGUUCUUGGCGAAGGUCGGAGACGCGGACGCGGACGCGGACGCGACGACCCGGCCGGACUCGGAGGCGUGCGCGCUCGCCGGCGAGAAGCGCCGCGUCGCCGCGAGCCCGAAGGAGGCGGCGCGAAAGUACCUGAGCAAGAUCACCUCGACCCUCGCGCGCCGCCGCGGAGGUAAAGAAUCAGCAAUGGUGGUCCUGAACCUCGGAAGCGCUCUUCCGACCGGCAAGGCGACGGGCCGGGGCCGGUCCUCCUCCAUGGCCAUGGCGGCGCCGGCGCCGGCAACGCCGCGCCGCGGCAGAGACGGCUCGGGCCAGCACUUGCAGGACGGCAUCGAGAGCGCCAUUGCAUACUGCAAGCUCUCCAUGCGCGCGGCCGCGGCGACGGCGUCGAGCUAAGCUGCGCAAUUUUGAGUCGUUCUUAUUAAAUCCCUUUGUGAUGAUCACGUCUAAUUUUGGUUUUUAUGCGGAAUUAACCUAGGAUGGCCCCUCGUUCUUUGUCAUUCAGAGCAACCGUAAAUUUGAAAAGAAAGAUCACUAUGAUAUAUGUCCCUCCACAAAUUCAACAUAUACAAUUUGCAAAAAAAAAAGAUAAUAAGGUC